UCUUUCUCAUACUCCAACUAUAGGCAAUUCCAUGCAAAAAAGAGGGAGAUGAUUAAGCAGUUGGUAUUCAAAGCACUUGUACUUAGAAGAUAAAACAUGGCAAAUAGACAAUAUUUUUCACCAGCUUCAGCACCUUUAGUAGCUCUCAACAAUGGAAAUGGAUCAAGCAAGAAACCAAUAUUAGGUGGAAUUUUGAUUGCCAUUAUACUAGUAUUUGUUGCAGGCUGGUUAUAUUUUUGUUUCAAAAGGAAGCUGUAUACCAAUCUCAGGCUAUACAGGAAGCAGAAAGGGAAACAAGAUGCAAAGAAGAUGAAGUUGAGGCGAUUUCGUUUGGAGGAACUGCAGAAGGCUACAGAGAAUUUCAGCCAAGAAUUCUUGAUUGGUCGUGGAUCGUUUGCUAACGUCUAUCGUGGUACAUUUCCUGUGGAGGGAACUCUAGCAAUCAAGAAGCCUCAUUCUGAAGCAUACACAAGCAUUGAAGAUUUCAGAAAUGAAGUGAGAUUGCUGUCAAAAGUGAAGCAUGACAAUCUGGUUGCAUUGGUGGGAUUCUGUGAAGAAACAGGGCCAAAGGAAGCAAAAAUCUUGGUCUAUGAAUAUGUGACUAAUGGCUCAUUACUAGACUACAUCAUUGGGAGGGGAGGGGGGAGUUUAACAUGGAGGGAGAGAGUGAAAAUAGCCAUUGGAGUAGCUAAAGGAAUAGGCCAUCUGCACGAAGGGGUUAGCCCGAGCAUCAUCCACCGCGACCUGAAGCCGAGCAACAUCCUAGUCGGAGAGGGAUUUGAGGCGAAGGUGUCGGAUUUCGGGCUUGUCAGAACAGGGCCAGAUGGUGAUGAAUCACAUGUGACCAGCAAGGUUAAAGGGACACUAGGGUACCUUGACCCUGCAUAUUGCACAAGCUUUCAUCUCUCUCCAUUCACUGAUGUGUAUAGCUUUGGAGUCAUACUUCUGCAGCUUCUCACUGCUAGACCUGCACUUGACUCUGCUAGGGCUACUAAUUCUACUUCUCACAUCAUUGAUUGGGCAAGAUUGAGUAUUGAGGGGGGCAAGAUUAUGGAUAUCUUGGACACAAAUCUUCUAGUGCAAGGUUGCAACAUGGAAAUGAUGCUAAAAAUGGGAGAGAUUGGUCUAAGAUGUGUGGUGAAAGUGCCCAAGGAAAGGCCUACAAUGACCCAAGUGAGGCAAGAGCUGGAAGCAGCAUUGAAGGUGGCCGAGGAGGCGUCCCCGGACCACACUCCGCGAGACGAUCCCGCGGUAUCAGUGGGUGGAUAUGGGUGGGAAAGUGGUAUGACUCAUCGCUCAUCUCAUAGCGUUGUGAGUGUUGAUGGGAUUGGGCUUGAGAGAUUUCAUGUAGACAUGGAUAGUGUGUCUUUUCAGAGUGUGAAUUUGAGAUGUUUAGAAACAAGUAUUAGCAUGGAUUAG